GAAAGCGAGGCAGUGUAAACACAAGUCCGGAACAUGAAAAGAUCGGGUGACAGUGAGGGGGAGAAGAGAAGAAAGAGGCAGAAGCUACUGCGGGAGUUGGGAGACCAGAAGAUCCCCUUUCUGGGACCUGCAGAUCGGGGCUAUCAGCAACUGUGGGACUCCAGUUACUCCGGCCUGGUUCUGAGGAGAUCCUGCUCGCUGCCCGCCGAGCUCCAUGGUCGGGUGCAGGCGGCUCUGUUCACCCUGAGAAGGAAGGGCUGCCUCCUGAGGGAUUUGGUCCGCAUCCGCGAACGAGAUGUAUUCACCGCAGUCUCACGGACGCUGCUGGGCGAGCCGGGCCACACCUAUCGCUAUCUGGACACACGGCUCUUUGCCAUCCCCUGGCACAGCGAGGACACUGAGGUCAAAGGACAGAACUGUUGUGACCCCGAUUUGAGGGCUGCUUGCAAGGCAUUGUGUGAGCUCAACACCUUCUUCUGCUCCGAUGUGUCUGUGCAGAAGGAAGGAGACAGGCUUACACAAUGUGCGAAGGAGGAGGCAGAGGCCAAACAGGGUGAAGAAGGGGAUUCAGGGUCUAAACACAGUGAAGACUCCAAGAAUAGUGAAGGAGGGGACUCAGAGUCCCGACAAAGUGAGGAGGGGGACACAGAGUCCAAGCACAGCGAGGAGUGGGACAUUGAGUCCAAACACAGUGAAGAAGGAUGCUCCGGGUCCAAACAAGAAGGAGAAUGGGAGACGGAGUCCAAACACAGCAGUGAGGAGGGAGAGUCCUCCCAGGUCAAACCAAGUGAAUUGGUUUUUGCAGCCGGAUCGGAGCAGAGUGAAGGAAAAUUCCCGGGCUGGGUGCCUAAGACCAUCACUGGCCCAGUGACUAAACCUACGGGACCGGGGGCCCAGGAGAAACCUGCGGGAAACCUCAAGCACAGCUUAUCAGAUCACCACAUUAAGGACAGGGAGGAGCAGGCAAGCGGGCAGGGGUGUUCCCAGCCGAGUCCUCCACCGGCAUGCACCGGUCCGGCCAAGUUCAAUGUCACCUUACUCAACUACAUGGACCCAGCAGCCAUGAGCCAGCUCAAAGAGGAGCCUUACUAUGGCAUGGGGAAAAUGGCGGUCGGGUGGCACCACGAUGAGAACCUCAUCAAUCAUUCUCCGGUGGCUGUUUACAGCUAUAGCUGUCACGAUGACAAAGGUGAGAGCAGUGAGGGAGGCAGCAGCGAGAAGCCACGCUGGAGGAUCGGGCUCAAGGUAGCCUGGGACAUCCACACACCUGGCCUGACGCUGCCACUGGAGCCCGGAGACUGCUAUUACAUGAGAGAUGACCUGAACAGUACCCACCAGCACUGUGUCCUGGCUGGAGAGAAUGCACGCUUCAGCUCCACACACAGAGUGGCCGAGUGUUCCAGUGGGACCCUGACCUACAUCCAGUCACGGUGUCAAGAGGCCCUGUCCAACCUGCACACUGACCCAGAGACAGGCUCCCACAGCCUGCUGGCCCUGCUGCCGACAACGCUACAGCACUGUGAGGAGAUUCACAAUGAGGUGGAGUUUGAGUGGCUGCGGCAGCUGGUUUCAGGGCCGGCGUACUGGUUUCAGGGCCGGCGCUUCGCCCGCUUCUGCAGCUGGUGGACCGGACCGAUGGAGCAGCUGGAGAGGGACUGGAAGCUCAUGGAGACGAUGACUAUGCUCUUCCUGGAUACGGUGGAGGAGGAGGAGGGUCAGGGAGGAGAAGGAAGGAGGGAGAUGGCAGAAACCCUGCUGUCUGCCUUGACAGACAGACACCAGCAAAGACAGACAUGGAGAGACAGGUGCCACUCAAGUCUGGCGCAGACAUUACCCCCUGAGGAGGCCCCAGUGGACCGGCCCUUCUGGGGUGUGGAUGACCCCAACAUGCCGCUGCCCUUUGAUCUGGCUGACAUCAUCAACAGAGUGGAGUCACUGCUGUGGAGGAUGUGAAGGAUGGGUAGAGGAAGCGAGAAGAGAGACAAAGGAAAACCCACCAGCUUUUCUGAAUGCCCCCCAGAUGGGCCGAGAGGACAGACACCUCCGUUCUGAUCCCACCCAGAUUGAUUUUGUUUUGAUUGGUUCAUCUACACCCCCCCAUCCACCCCAUCCCCUACUCCACCGACUCCGGCAUCUCAGCCACCCCAGCUUUGCGUUGGCUAGAAGGAAACCCGAACCACCACAAUAGAACCAGAAUAGCGCUUCAGUAACACGCCAUGCUUAGCGACAAGCUACUAGUGUCACGACGGUCUGACGAAACAUAAGUGGGACCUGCGUUUCAGUGUUAGCAUACAUUGUGGAACUAUUUAUUAUUUCAGUGUAUUCUGUUACUUAAUCUCACGUAACCCAGACAUGCUUUUAUCAAUAGAUUAACUCAUUCUCAGUAUUCACAGUACAGUACAUACAUAUAUGCUUUCUACUUGUCACAAUAGUGUUAUAAUAAAGUAUAGAAUGGUAAAGCAAAAAAAAAUUACUCACUUUGCUCACAUAGUAUUUCAUUCUUCACUUGUGUAUAUUGUAACCCUGUUUUAUUGUGUUCAGAAAUGGAAUCAGCAUAAACUGACCAAAGAAAGAUUAUUAUAAGAAGGUUAUGUCAUGAAUGUCACCCAAUGGAGACCGUGACGAAUGUGUUGUUUAAUGUUAUAGGGUGUGAUUGUGUUUUUGUGCCAUGUGGAAGUGUGACAGCGUGUAUGUGUGUGUGUGUGUGUGUGUGUGUGUGUGUGUGUGUGUGUGUGUGUGUGUGUGUGUGUGUGUGUGUGUGUGUGUGUGUGUGUGUGUGUGUGUGUUUGUUUGUGUGCAUUUAGCCAUGUGAAUAUACAUGUAUUCAGUGGUUGGCCUGUGUGUUUGUGCACGCUUACUCUCCCACAUGUCUACAUGAAGGCGCGUGUGUAUGACUGUGAUAGAGUGUGUGUGUGUGUGUGUGUGUGUGUGUGUGUGUGUGUGUGUGUGUGUGUGUGUGUGUGUGUGUGUGUGUGUGUGUGUGUGUGUGUGUGUGUGUGUGUGUGUGUGUGUGAGUGAGCCUGUAGGCAGCCUGCCAGUUGUUUGUUCUUAAAGAUAUGCAUAUGGAGAAACAGAGGCUAGCAGCGGAGCCCCUGCGCCGCCGCUCUGAUGAAAGCACCACUGAUAGAAUGACCCGGAACACAACCGCCGUUUCUCAUAAUUACAGCUGUUCAAUCGCUUUUAAUUACUCUUAAAGUGUGUAGAGCACCACAUUCCCCUGUAAUGCUGCAGGCCAUCCGAGGGAGCGAAAGAAAGAUCCGGCGCUUCUGACAAAAAAAAUCCACUUUCAAAACAGCUAAAAAAGGGUGGAAAAGGGGGCCGACGUCAAAGCAGUGUAGCAGCCCUGCUCGUUUGAUUCCUUUACUCUAUCUAGUUCAUGAUGAAGUAGAGACGCUGUUUACUAUUAAAAUUGCAGAAUGCACUCCUUUUUUUACUUCUGAAGUUUCCAAGAUGUUAAUGGUUGCCAAACGCUGUUCUUCUUGCUUCUUCUUUUGCUGCGCCUAUCUUGUUUGUUGUUGUCAGAGAUUUGUUUGUAGAUCGGCAGUAGCGUUGACUUGUUUGAAUCACUCUGUGCUCCCUGUGCCACAGCUUGUCUGUCUGAAGCAAUAGGAAUGGCAGUAAAUAAAUAAAAAAAGUGUUUUAUC